AUGAGGCUCCUCAACACGUAUACCCUGACGCUCACGACGUUCAUUGGUGAAACACCUGAGUACGUUAUCCUCUCACACCGGUGGGAAGACGAGGAAAUUCUCUUCGAGGAUGUGAUGAAGGUCCCUAUCAGCGACACCAGCAACCCAGCCCGAGCCAAACGUGGGUUUCCUAAACUGCAGGGGACCUGCGCACUCGCGCUUAGGGACGGAUUCGAUUGGAUUUGGAUAGACAAUUGCUGCAUCGACAAAUCCAGCUCUGCGGAGCUUCAAGAGGCGAUCAACUCAAUGUUUCGGUGGUAUCAAGAGGCUCAGUUUUGUUACGCUUAUCUGAGUGACGUUUCCAACGGACAGGCUGGAUUGGAUGUAGCAUUCAAAGAGAGCUUGUGGUUUACCCGCGGUUGGACCUUACAGGAACUACUGGCACCGUGUAGCGUCGAAUUCUACGCAGCCGACUGGACGUUCAUCGGCUCCAAGGCAUCGCGAGCCGAAGAAAUCGCAACUAUCACUGGGAUCGCCCUUGCUGCUCUUCAGAAUGUCUGGGCAGUUCAGAAAGACAGAUAUCUCGCUGCAGAGAAAAUGUCAUGGGCUGCGCAUCGACGGGUCACUAAGUCCGAAGAUAUGGCUUAUUGUCUGCUCGGUCUCUUCGAUGCGAACAUGCCAUUACUUUACGGCGAAGGGGGACGUCGGGCAUUUCGCAGAUUACAGCAAGUAGUCUUUGAGAGCGAACCUGACUAUACGCUGUUCCUCUUCGCUACUCACGAUAAAACUGAUGCGGAAGGCCCUGGUGUGCCAGAGCAUGCACCAUUGCUCGCGUACUCAGCCAGGCAGUUCUGUAGGAGAACUCCAUGUAAGGAGUGUGCGAAACAGCCAACGUGCCUUCCUGAUUACAUCGAAUAUUCUCGGAUGGGCAGCGUCGUUGACGCACAGUGGAACGCACUCAACGACCCCUCCCUGAAGUUGGUCAAAAGCGGUGUGCAGUUGAAGGUGCCUCAGACUGGAUACAAACCGGGCCUCCAGUAUCUUCCAUUGACCACCAACCGCUAUUCAAGGAAGCCAAGUGGAAAAAAGGACGGAUUGGUCGCACUUUUGCCUUUGACCCUGACAGGAUACAAAUUCCACCUCUUUGGGAUCGUUCUCGAGCUGCUUCCGACAUCCAAUUACGCUCGCCUCAACACAGCCCCUAUUAUGGUAGAUAUGAGGAGCCUCAAUAGUGAUGCCUUUGAUCCCAAAGCUCUCAUAGUAUCCGACGUUUUCCUCUCUCCAGUCGAGCACAUUGGUCCCGACCGGGCGCUUGCCUGUUUCGAGUUCCACAGUUCUUCAUUCAUGGUAUCAUCUUGGGAUAGCAAUUACGUUCAUGUCCCGAACGAGUGGAAACCUGAAAGCAUCUUCACAAUGGCCAGCACCGCGUCCCACGGCUUUGGUUUGAUGAUAAGGACGUCCAGUAGCUCUUCAAGAGUCUCUCCCGUAAUUAUACUGGGCGAUUCCAUAAAGAAUAUUCGACUGCUAGGCGUGGAAGUGCAAGGCGAUGAUGGCUCAACGUCGCGAUUGGAAUCAGAAGGGAGCAGCCUUGCAGAUCGCAUAAUCAUCCCCCUGGAAUCAGCACAGGCUUGUAUCAAGGUUACUCUUCGCCGUUUAUGCACCACAUUAACCGGCCACAUCCUUGAUCAAGUCGAUGUGCGUGUCCGAAUAGAUGUGGAAUACGUUGCAGACGAUAUUCACGGCAUCGAACCUGGAAAGAUGAACAAGGAGACGAAAGAUACGGACGACUCUUGA